AGGUUGGGGAGGUUAUUUGCCCAAAGCCAGAGCUUCCAGAACCACUGCCCAAGCAGCAAUGGCCCCGCCCUGGGUGCCCGCCGUGGGCUUCACACUGGCACCCAGCCUGGGGGCCUUCCUAGGCUCCUACCAUGUGCGCGGAGAGGGCCUCCGCUGGUAUGCCAGCCUGCAGAAGCCCUCAUGGCACCCGCCUCGCUGGACGCUGGGCCCCAUCUGGGCCACGCUCUACUCCACCAUGGGGUAUGGCUCCUACAUGGUCUGGAAAGAGCUGGGGGGCUUCUCAGAGGAGGCUGUGGUUCCCCUGGGCCUCUAUGCUGGGCAGCUGACUCUGAACUGGGCAUGGCCUCCCAUCUUCUUUGGCUCCCGACAAAUGGGUUUGGCCCUGGUGGACCUCCUGCUGACGGGUGGGUUGGCAGCAGCCACCACCAUGGCCUGGCACCGGGUGAGCCCUUCGGCCGCCCGACUGCUCUACCCGUACCUGGCCUGGCUGGCCUUCGCUGCCACACUCAACUACUGCGUCUGGCGGGACAACCAUGGCCGGCGUGGUGGCCGAAGGCUUGCGGAGUGAGGUCCCCGCCAUACAAGGACUGGCUGCUGCCAGGCACGCCUUGCUGGUGGUGGUGGCCCUCACGCUUUCAUGGCCACCACACAGUGAGUCUGUCAGGGUCUCAGCCCAGGGGUCACCACCAGCUUCAGAGCUGCUGCAGGCCUGGCCCACUCCCCCGAAACAGCGUGCUGCGCUUUCUGCACUGCUCGGGGCACGGCUCGGGAUGUGGAGUUUUAUAAGCCAAAUAAAGUUUUUAGCUUA